GCGACAGCAAACCAGCAGCACAUUCCCACAUGUAGGACAUUCUCCGUCUGUCUCCUCUUCUCUCUGCACCUCUCUCUGACUGUGUCUUUACAAACCUGUUUUUGUGUCGAUGUUAAGGGGUUACCAUUAAAAUAGCAGAUAUGCCACUCAAAGUGUAUUAUUCCAGCGUGAGCAGCUCCUUGGAGAUGAAGAAAAAUCAGCAGUUAAUCUUCUCUGUCCUGGACUCCAAGAGUAUCCUUUAUGAACGUGUCGACAUUUCUCAGAAUGUGGACGAUAAGAAUAAAAUGAGGAAGAUUGCAGGAAACCCAACUGCGCUGCCACCGCAAAUAUGCAAUGGUGACAUCUAUUGUGGAGACUUCACUGCUUUUGAGAACGCAAUCGAGAUGGAACAAUUAGAGCAAUUUCUAAAACAGUGACGGCUAUGGGAUCAACCACAUCACCUUGCACACUGGAAUAUCUAAAAAUAUCCAGUUAAAUAUGGAUUGACAGAUGUUGUGUUUGGUCUGAACUAUAAGUUUAAGGAUCUGUAAAUGAAAAAUGCAUUUUUAAUUUGUGAGAUUAAAUCAAAUCUUUAAAUCUCUGAA